AUGCCUCCAGACACGCAGCUUCCCAUUUGUUUGUAUAGAUUAGCCCAUGGAUACACCUACAGCACAGUUGGAGACCUGUUUGGUGUUGCUGAAUCAACCGCGAGUGUCAUUUUUAACCAAGUAUGUAAGAUACUUGUUUCAACUUUGUACGACAGGUUUGUGUACCUACCCAGAAAUAGUGCCGAAUGGCAGCAAGGGUUUGAAAGCUUUCUUGAAAACUGGGAAUUUCCCUGCGUAGGAGCCUGGGAUGGUUUCCACGUUUACGUCAGCACGAAGUUGAAAAAUUAUUUCAGCUUUAAGAAGAGAUAUUCCGUAUCCAGCUUGGGAUUCAUUGCGUCUAACAAGAGGUUUCUGUGGGCAGCUGUGGGGGCUCCUGGCUCUACCCACGAAUCAAGGCUCCUGAAAAGUUGCGACCUCUUUGCUGACAUUCAACAGGGACGGAUUUUCCCAAGUUCUGUACUAAGAACAAAGGAGUAUGGAGACAUACCAUUCACAACGGUCGGUGAUUCAGCAUUCCAACUACACGUGGCUAAUGAAGCCGUACAGUGAAAGUACAAGAGACCCAAGGAAGCGCUACUUAAACAAGAGGCUUUGCUCGGGUAGAAUUGUGUCAGAGCAUGCUUAUGGCAUGUUAAAAGGAGGAUAG